GCAGUCCGUACUUUUUUUCCGGGCAGCAGAUCGAGUGGAAAAAAGAAAUGUGGAGCUUGUCGUUAUUGUCGCUGAUAGCGGCGUUGGGAAUCGUUGCAGGAUACGACGCGUAUUCGGGUGAGAAACCGGUUUGCAAGAACGUCAAAUGGACCGGUGGAGAUUCCAUAAGUUGGCCCUGUUCCACCACCAAACAGCUCUACAAGUCGAGUGCGAAGUUCGUCAGCAAGAAUAUGCUGGCGACUCGUGUUGCUGUUCACAAUGAUAAUGCCUACGUCGCCAUGCCAAGAUUCAAGAGUGGAAUACCCUUUACUUUGGGCAAAGUCAAUCUGAAGAGUAAAGGAUGCGAGGCGAAUCUGGCACCGUUUCCCUGCUGGUCUGUACAAGAGGAAGGAAACUGUGCAGCUCUUCAAAGUGCUGUUGAUAUAUUUCUCGAUACCAAUGACAUUCUAUGGGUGCUGGAUACCGGUAUUGUUCACUCUCUGGACGAGCCUCUUCGACGAUGCCCACCCAAAGUCGUUGCUUUUAACGUCAAGACUGGAAAGUUGGUGAAGACGGUGGACCUCAGCCCUCUGGCCACCAACACGUCCCGCCUGCAGUACGUGGUAGCCGACUACGCUAAAAACGGCCACGUCUUCAUCUACGUAUCCGACGCCGCCAAUCGUGCUAUCCUAGUGUUCGACGUCACAUCUAGUCGCUGUUACCGGGUCGUCCUCCCCAGAGCCGUGACCUUCGGCUGUGCUCGCAGAGACGUCCUCACCCUGGCCCUGAUCCAUCGCCCCGAUGGUACUGGUUGCCUCGUUUUCUCCUACUUCGGCGGUAAACAUAUCUACUCCAUCAAGACGUGUUAUCUGCAAAACGGCUCGGCCAACGGCAAAGUCGCCGAUAUCGGUCCCAAGAGGGGCAAGUUCGUGUUCCUGGGUACGGAUAAUGGCACUGCUAUAUUCUUCCGAAGGGAGGGCGAGUCCGAUAUCUACAGGUGGGACCUGUUGCGCUGCCCGACGAAGAACAAUAUCCAGAAGGUGUACGAGGGUAAUAAGUGCGAGUUGCCGACUCAUGUUGUGCCUGAUUACAAGAGGGGCAGGAUGAGGGUGUUGGAGUCGAAUUUCCCGGAUUACUUCCAGGGUACCGUUGGCUGCGGGGCUAAUCACGCUCUGAAUAUUUUUUAGAGCGAUUGGUUUGUUUUUGUUGAAUUUUAAAUUGUUUGAUGAGACGUAUAAUUACGAUCUGACAGAGGAGACGACUGACAAUUUGUGUACGAUACCGUUGACUUGUUGACUAUUUUUAAGAAUUUAAUUUCUGCUGACUUUUUAGCAUAUUAUGUUAAUUUUUGCAGAGGAUCGCGAAGGACUUUGAUAUGCAGUAGAAUUUAAAUAUAAUAAGGCGCGAAUAUUAAUUGAUAUUCCAGAUCAUCUGUUCUUUAUUUCUUUUAAAUGUCUGUAUUUGUGAUAAUCGGUGUUUGCCAGACAUCAUUUAGGGUAAUAUAAUCAUACGACUGACCUAACGGACGUUUUUACCUACUUUUAUAGACCGACCUGACGGUAACUAACUGACUGACUGACUAUAAAUAUGACGACUAUAUACUUACGAUUUCUAAUGUGUAAAUAUCCAAGUAUUAAUGUAAAAAUUUCUACAUACGAUCCGUUCCAAAGCCAAAGAUUUGCUGUUUUCUCUUAGCACCUAUAGCGAAAUAAAAACUCGUUAAGAAAA